AUGGGUGUGGCUGCAGGCGAACUCAUCGUACCUUUCACCGGCGCCAUUCAAGCUGCCUUCUCGGUGCUCCUGACCAUUGCUUUUGGUGUUGUCGCAGCACAAUGCAACUUACUUUCGCCCAACGCGGCGAAGGAGGUGUCGAAGCUAUGCGUGCGCAUGUUUCUGCCGGCUUUGUUGAUCUACAAAAUCGGGUCCAAUCUGCAUCAGGACACCGGAGUGCGAUAUGUGCCUGUUCUGAUAUGGUCGAUAUCCUAUACACUACUUUCCGUCCUCGUCGGCCGCGUCCUUACGCGCCUCUUCAAACUGCCAGCUUGGGUAGCACCAGCAAUCGCCUUCAAUAACACGACCUCUCUUCCCCUCCUCCUUAUACAGUCUCUCAAGCAAACCCAAGUUCUCGAUGCCAUACUCAUUGGCGGCGAGUCUGGCGGUGAGGCCAUGGAUCGAGCCGAAUCAUACUUCCUGGUGAAUGCAAUGGUUAGCAACUCGCUUACCUUUGCUCUUGGGCCGCGCUUGUUGAGGCCAGGAGAUGAGGACGCAUCCAAUGAACCAGAUGGAGAGGACGAUGAUUCGGAGAACGGCGAAGCGAACGGAGACGGCGGGAGUAGUGAUAUGGAGCGAGGUCCUGAUGGGAUCGUCGAUGAGGAGACUUCGCUGCUCCCACACCAGUUGACCAAGCCCGCAAAUCGCGUGGAGGUAAAAGGAUAUUUAAAGACAAGAGCAUGGUUCAACAACUUGUCUCCGUGGCUACAAGAGACACUGGAAAUCACAUGGCAUUUUGCCAACGCUCCCUUGAUCGGCGCUAUCGUCGGAGCAGUAAUUGGAUUGACGCCCGCGCUUCAUCGAAUCUUUUUCAGUCCUAGCAACGAGGGUGGUUAUCUCAACGCGUCGAUCACGGCGGCGAUAAAGAAUAUCGGCGAUCUAUUUGCUUCGUUGCAGAUCAUUGUUGUUGGGGUAAAGCUCAGCAAGAGCCUGUUGCGCAUGAAGCGCGGAGAGCACAGUGGGGAGGUGCACAAGGGUAGUCUGGCGACCGUGACCCUGAUUAGAUUCAUCAUCUGGCCCUUAAUAAGCAUACCUUUGAUCUACGCAAUCGCCUCGAAGACGAAGCUUCUAGAUGCAGACCCUAUGCUUUGGUUCUCGAUGAUGCUCAUGCCGACCGGUCCGCCUGCUAUGAUAUUGGUAGCGCUAGCCGAUGUUACAGGUGCAGCGGAGUCGAUGAAGAUGACUGUUGCAAAAUUCUUAACAAUCAGUUACGCAGUCACCCCCAUGAUAUGCUUUGCUGUAGUUGGAGCUUUGAAAGCUACCGAAGCUGCGAUUAAUCAAUGA